AUGAACAGUCUCAACACUCGACCCUUCGCCCGCAACGCGUUCAAACCCUUCCAGCCCGCCUUCGACUACCUCAGCAACAACCUGCGCACCGUGCAGCUCCCCACCGCCUCGAAACAAACACCCCGACCCUGCAGCACCGCGCACCGCCGCAAGACGACGGCACAGUCAAUCGAUGACAUCGACUCGGACCUCGAAACCGGCAACACCAGAACUAUGGAUCGACGCAGCCACUCCCGCCACGGCUCGCAGGAGGCUGGCGCCUGGGCUCGCCUGGUGGCUCCCGUCCCUCUCAUCGACAUCGGCAGCCGCAGCGCCUCGCCCAACCCGCACUCGUACCCGCGCUCGCGAAGCGCUGCGCAGAGUGAAGACGAAGACGACGAGUACGAGAUGAGCAGCAGCAUCCGGCCCCUGGUCGGCGCCGGGAGAACGCUGUACGGGAGGAAUGGAGGGAGCUGGAAAAUGAUGUUCAGAGAUGGUGGGCUCGGGGGCUGGCUGUUGGGAACGUGGGCGGGCUGGCAGGUAUGGGUGGGCCUGCUGGUUUUCUGGGUCGGUGGGUGUGGAUUCGGGCUGUUGCUCAUGAACCGGUUUAUCAUGCUGACGGGCGUGUACAAAUUCCCGUUUCCGCUUACGGGCACGUAUAUCCAGCUCAUGCUCACGCACGUCCUGCUCGUUGGCCUCUCGAGCCUCACCCGCGGACUGGGGAGCCCGUUGCGACGCCUUGGACUCGGCGCUGCGGUCGCGCCUGCCAUCCCCGUUGCGCCGCAGGGAGGAGCAUUUAGGAAUGUUGGCACAAAGUCGGGGGCGGCGAGGCUCCUGCGCUGGCUGAGCAAUGGCUCAGGUGGCAUCGCUGGCGGCGGACUCUUCGAAUUCGACUACAGCAUCGCCAAGCAGGUGCUCCCGCUCGCAGUCGUCUUCGUCGUGAAGGUGCUGCUGAGCAACUUCUCAUUCGCCUACGCCCCCCUCCCCGUGUACCAGCUUGCCCGCAUCGGCAUAACCCCCCUCUCCCUCUUUUUCUCCUGCGUCCUGCAAAAAGACAGCAUAUCCGGCUCCACGCUGUCCGCCGCCCUCAUCGCAACGCUCAACCUGCUCUUCGCAACCCUCCGUUCCAAUGUCCGCGUAACAUGGGAGUCCAUCGUCGCCGGCGUCUUCUCCUCGUUCUUUGCAGCCCUGUACCCCAUCCAGCUCCUCCGCACAUAUCGCACUUUACUCUCCGGCCUCGUGCCUCAGGGAGACGUGCUGAGCGGGUACCCCAACCGCAGCUCAGAAGACGACAACAAUCGUGAGGAAACGCGCGCAUACUACCGCACUCUGCACUAUACGUCCUUGUUGUCGAUUGCGCUACUCACGCCUAUUGUGCUGCUGAGCGGCGACCUAGGGAACAUAUAUCACAAUAUCCCGUUCCUGGAUGUACCGUUCUUCUGGUUGAUGAUCUGGUGCGGGGCGAUCGGUAGCUGGGCGGUGUUUAGUAGCACGUUGGUUUUGGUCAAGGCGACGAGCCCAUUAUCUGCCACAUUCGUCAAUGUGCCGCGGAGUGGCGUUCAACUCAUGCUGCUGAGCAUGUUCAAAAUGCCCGCGCAUAGCUGGGUGGGUGUUGCGCUUUGCUGGGCGAGUAGCGUGUGGUACGUGGUAACGAUGAGGAGGGAGAGUAGGACUAGGGUGAGACUUGAGGGGCGGUAG